GCGUUUCCAACAUGGCGGCCCCCCAGGAUGUCCACGUCCGAAUCUGUAACCAGGAGAUUGUCAAAUUCGACCUGGAGGUGAAGGCACUUAUCCAGGAUAUUCGAGAUUGUUCCGGACCCUUAAGUGAGCUUACCGAACUGAACACUAAGGUGAAAGAAAAGUUUCAACAGUUAAAACACAGGAUCCAGGAGCUCGAGCAGUCAGCAAAGGAGCAAGACAAGGAGUCGGAGAAGCAGCUUCUACUUCAGGAAGUGGAGAACCACAAAAAGCAGAUGCUCAGCAACCAGACCUCAUGGCGGAAAGCCAAUCUUACCUGCAAGCUUGCCAUCGACAACCUGGAGAAAGCAGAACUUCUGCAAGGAGGAGACUCCUUAAGGCAGAGGAAAACUACCAAAGAAAGUUUGGCCCAGACAUCCAGCACCAUCACAGAGAGUCUCAUGGGGAUCAGCAGGAUGAUGUCACAGCAGGUGCAGCAGAGUGAGGAGGCUAUGCAGACUCUAGUCAGCUCUUCACGGACUCUCCUGGAUGCAAACGAAGAGUUUAAGUCCAUGUCAGGAACCAUUCAGUUGGGCCGGAAGCUCAUCACAAAAUACAACCGCCGGGAACUAACGGACAAGCUUCUCAUCUUCCUCGCCCUGGCCCUGUUCCUUGCCACGGUCCUCUAUAUUGUGAAAAAGCGCCUCUUCCCAUUUUUGUAAGGGAGAGCUGCCGGCUUUGGCCCGUGCAUUCCAGCGUCAGGACCCGGGGCUCUCAAGGACUGGCCGGGCUGCCAAACUGGCCUUCCCAUCUGCCUCGGGUGCUCAGUGAAUCAAGAGAGGGAAACACAGCAGCCCAGUUUCCUGCCAGGGGGCUUGGAAAGGGUGAGUAGAAUAGAGGAGACCGGAACCUUCUGGACCAGGGCGCUCCACACUCACCCAGCUUCCAAGCACUGCGGCUGCCACAUAGAACACGUCAACUCCCGGACUUACUGCACCUUUCGCCAUGUCCAGAGGCAUGAAUGGUGAAUGCUGGGUGUGGUGGAGGGAGGAGUGGUGAGGCCCGUGGGAGGGGAGGUGACGACAGCCCAUGGCUGUUCCCUGAAUAAACCUCAUUUAUUUAAUAGAGUG